AUGGCAAAGCUCUAUCUGCCCACAUUCCUCCUCCUCAUUUUUCUGUCCUCCGUUGUCCUCCUGGUGCUUGCCCUUCUGCCCUCUGUCACCCCCUCAUUUGCUUUAGCGUCUUCCUCUCACCCCUCACUUUGGUCGUCACCCUCCUGCGGUCCGGGUCAAUCCUGGGCGGUCCGGCUCCACGCUGGCUUUCAUUAUGAGCAAGAAGAUGGUGAACACGGUGCUGUGCACUUGGAUGGGAUAGCCAACAAGGUAGCAGAGCAGGCCGGGUUGCACAACCAUGGCCAGAUAGGACAGCUGGAAGGCCACUACUUGCUGUGCUCUUCAAAGCCCGGUGCUGGGUCUGUGGAACACAUCAGGAGAAAAGCUGUCCGGCCUGAGGACAUUUUAGCAGGACACCCUCAUGUCAUGUGGUACUCUCAGGAGAGAGUGCUCAGCCGCUCGAAGAGAUUGAUGGCCUUCAACGACCCCAACUACCCCAAACAGUGGCACCUGCACAAUGACGUCAAUAAGGGUAUGGAUAUCAACGUGACAGGAGUGUGGGAGCGUAAUAUCACCGGCCAGGGAGUCACAGUGGUGGUGGUUGAUGACGGGGUGGAGCACACCCAUCAGGACAUUCAGCCAAAUUAUAGUCCAGAGGGCAGCUAUGACCUAAACUCAAAUGAUCCAGACCCCAUGCCUCACCCUGACAUUCACAGUGACAAUCACCACGGGACUCGAUGUGCUGGAGAGAUUGCAGCUGUUCCUAACAACAGCUUCUGUGCUGUGGGAGUGGCCUAUGGCAGCAAAGUAGCUGGUAUCAGGGUCCUGGAUGGCCCACUGACAGACAGCUUGGAGGCUAUAGCCUUUAACAAGCACUACCAAAUUAAUGACAUAUACAGCUGCAGUUGGGGUCCAGAUGAUGAUGGACAUACUGUUGACGGACCUCAUCCUCUGGGCAAGGCAGCACUGCAGCACGGGGUGAUUGCAGGCAGACGAGGCUUCGGGAGCAUCUUCGUGGUCGCCAGUGGUAACGGGGGACAGUACAACGACAACUGCAACUAUGACGGCUACGCCAACUCCAUCUACACCAUCACAAUUGGAGCAGUCGAUGAGAAAGGCAAGAUGCCGUUCUACGCUGAGGAGUGUGCGUCUAUGCUGGCUGUCACUUUCAGCAGUGGGAGGGGCUCUUUGAGGAGCAUUGUGACUUCAGACUGGUCCAUGCAGCGGGGUACAGGCUGUACAGAGGGCCACACCGGUACAUCUGCUGCAGCACCCCUGGCAGCGGGAAUGGUGGCCCUUAUGCUGCAGGUCCGGCCCUGCCUCAGUUGGAGGGAUGUCCAACACAUCAUCACCUUCACUGCUACCAAGUGUGACAAUAGCGCAGACUGGAAAGUGAACGGGGCAGGUUUUCAUCACAGCCACCAGCACGGCUUUGGGCUGCUCAACGCGUGGAGGCUUGUUAAUGCAGCCAAGGUGUGGGAGUCGGUGCCGUUUCUCUUGUCCUAUCAGAGCUCAGUAAUAAAGGAGGAAGCCAUCCUGACUUAUCCCCGUGAGCUCAUCCUUACCUGGGAAGUGUCUGCUGCCGACCUGAAACAGUCUGGCAUGGAGACUCUGGAGCACGUGGCCGUCACUGUGACAGUAGCCCACCCUUGCCGUGGCAAUGUGGAGUUUGUGUUGGUCUGCCCCAGCGGUAUGACAUCAGUCAUCGGGGCUCGUCGUGCCAUUGACAGAGAUAACGCAGGCUACCAGGACUGGACUUUCUCCACUGUGCGCUGCUGGGGGGAGAGGGCCAAAGGCCUCUACACCCUCAAGAUUUCUGACCACAAAAAUGGAUUUUCUGACCAGUGUGCUGCCGUGGGAGUGCUAGAGCAAAGGAAAUUGACUCUGUAUGGCUCAUCUAUGACCUUCAGCGAGGUCAAGGAGAGGCAGAGGCUGGUGGAGGAGGCAAUGAGUGGGAAGUAUCUGGACAGCAGGUACUCUCUGCCCUGCCCUCCGGGCCUGGACCUCCCUCCGGAGAUCACCAAGCCUUUCACGUCCAACAACCUCAAGUUCAUGCUGUUGCUUGGCUGUUUUGCUCUCUUCUGGUCCCUCUACUACACACUGGAGGUCAUGAUGGCCCACCUAGACUUCAGGGGUCUUCUCUGCAUGCCCAGGAAACGGGGUGGUCACCGGGGCAGGAGGGGGCGACAAGGGAAAGGCGUGGAGGAAGCGUUGAUCGGGGAUGAGAAGGGGGAGGAAGAGGAGCAGGACUCAGGGGUGGAGUUACAGGCAGUGCUGGACUCUAAUGUCAAAGAGCCGCUUGCUAGUGGGGAGCGGCUGGCAACAUAGCACUGAGCCAGAGAGAGGGUUGAACCCCUCGCACUUUAAGUCCUCAUAGGACGUCUCAGGCUUUCACCUUCUCCCCGCUUUCACACCUAGCCUCCUACACUUCUUCUGACCACAUUCAACUUCCAGCAGUAGUGUUGGUGGGUCAGACAGUGAACUUGUUUGUCCUUCUCUGCAUUCCCCAUAAGAGUGGCCUUCAAGGUGUUUGUACUGAGCAUGUGUGUGUGUGGGUUGGUGUGCAUGUGUCUCUUAACAAAAGUGAUCUCAAUUUUUCAGGGGCACACUGACAGGAAAUCUCUGGUUAAAAUUCCUGUAAAGUAAGUUAAUGUAAAGGUCUCUAAUGGUCUAAUAGGAUCUAAUAGGGUAUAUCUCCUGGUUUAAUUACAUGUGUGAAAGUGUUUACAGGCUCAUAUCUAUUUAAAAUGUAUCCCCAAAGAAGAGCUGAGCUUACAGAUUGGUGGGACGCAACAUGGGUAUGACUGUGGAUUAAAAAAAAUAUGAUGUGCAAUUAAAAAAAAAAAAAACGGUAUGAAAAUUUUUGAGUGAGUGUGAGAAUAUGAUUGUGAUUGUGCUUGUAAUAUGCAAGGUCUUCCAUGGAAAAAGUGACCUAAAAUGUGAGGCUUCAAGUGGGUACUGUAUUUCAGUAAUAAGAUUUCUUUUCUAAGGCAUCACUUUAUGCAUCUAUUUUUUUAAGCCUGGUGUUCUCUGUGGCUUAUCCAACCUACUACUGAAAAUUAAAAAAAUAAACUUGAAAUGGACAUUUUCCAGUGGGAGAUUUGUAAGUCUGUUUUUUUUUUUUUUUGUUUGUUUUUUAUAAACUAUAAUAUAUACACAAUGUGUGCCUGCUGUACAGAAGUACUAUGCUGAUGUUUGUACAGUGUUUGUUUUUUUUUUUUAAAGGAAUGUAUUAAAGACGUAUAAUUUUUUAAUGUAAACAGAGUGUUUGGAGUGACAUUGAAAGCGGUUUUGCUGUGCUAGUCACAGGCAGUUUCAAUGAGAAUAAAAGGCUGUUGAUUGAA